AUGCAUAAAAUUACCUUAUUUUGCUUCUUUGUCGUACUUUUGGUUGCUGCAUGUCGAUCUGCGAAUAUUCCAAAGACAACAGCAGCUCCUUUGGUUCUUCCAUCAGUAGUUGAGAUAACGGACAAUAAGAAAACAUCAAAAAGAGCUCUCGAUAGUUACUUUCCCGGAAAUUCACAAUUUGAUGAGUAUUCUGGGCUUUCAUCUCUUUCCAAGUAUCAUACUUCGACAUCGCCAUGGUCUUUUUGGAAAUCAACGCCAACACCCAUGGAAAUAGCUGCAAUUAUUGCACAAGCAAAGCAAGCAUCAGCUUCUGUCUUAAUCGCACAGCAACAAGUACAAGCAGCGAAAGAAAACGUUCUGUUACAACAAAAAUUAGCAAGUGAAAAGGAAGCACAAGCUGCUUUAGCUCUACAAAAGACAGAAGUUGCUGCAGCAAUUCAACGACAAGAAAGUGCUUCAGCAGCCCAAACUGUCGUUUUGGCGCAACAACGUCUCGCGAACGCAAAAUCCAAUUAUGCGCAACAACAAAAAAUCGCUGCAGCAAAAGAAGCUGCUGCGGCAAAAGCCUUACAUGGCGCUGCUCGAAUGGCAGCUGAGGAAAUUAAACGAGCUGAACACGAAGCUGCCCAUGUCGCAACUGCCCAACGAUCGGAUGCCGCUUCAUUGUUACAUCACGUUACCUCGACGAAAGAUUCCCUCAUUUCGCCAAAUUAUCAAGGCACGAAUGGCGUACCGUCAAUUGCAAUUCCAUUCUCGCUUGGAAAUCCAUGGAACACGCCGACUUGGCCAUCAAGCAACUCGCCGCUUUAUGGCUCGUCGAACAAACCUUUGCCAUACUGGGGUUGA